AUGGCCGAUUCGCAGCCACAGCAGGCCAGCGGCGGCCAGCAAGCCCAACAGCUGCUACGACCCGACGAUAUACUCAAGCUGCAGUGCCUUCCCGAUGACGAGAAGCAAAAGUACCGCUUGAUUAUGCAGAACUUUUGGACCAUCUGCAACCAACACCAGCAAGGCAGCCCCGAGAACACCAAUGCACGCCAGAAGCUGGCAGAAUGGUCGCAGAAAUUCAUCACGCGCGAACGUUCAUUCCGCGCCAAGAUGAAAGCACAGCAACAACAGCGAAACCAAAACCAAGGACAGGCCGGCCAAUCGAAUGCGACGGGCCAACAGAAUCAGAACGCUGCUAAGCAGGAAGGCGCACAGGCUCUUAACAGAGGUGCUGAUGGCGUCGCAGGACCGGCUAACCAACAAAACCAAGGACAACAGCCUCCUGCCCAAGGCCAGAACCCAGGCCGCGGCCAAGUCGAUCCUGCCAUCAUCAAGCACGUUCAGGAAUUCCCCAUGCAGGGGCCCAUGAAUGGACCUGCGCCCGGGACACCCGAGUACGAGGCCAAGAUAAAAGAAUACAGGACUGGCUAUCUCAACAUGCUGGCUAAGCAGGCCUCUUUGGGCGAUAACAGGCGCAAGCUUCUCCAACAGCUGAGUGACCGGCAGGCCAAAGGAGAAGAGAUACCCCAGGAACUGCUUUUGAUGAGGGCUAAGUUCGAGAAGGAGCAUGCUACUAUGGCGAGCCAGAUUGAAAAGUUUAGGAGCAUGCAGAAGUCAUGGAAGGAGGAGCGUGAAGCCGGAGGCCAGGGACAGGCGCAACCUCAAGGCCCGAAUUCUGCCCAAUCACCACCACAGCAACAGCAGCAAACGCCGCAGCAGCAACAACCGCAACCACUCCAAAGGCAGAUGUCGCAGCCUGGGCAACCGCAAGUGAAAGAGGAGCCGCAAAUCAAGAUUGAAGGCGGACUUGCACCGCAACCUCAAUUCAACAUUGGAAACCAACAGCAGGCGCCACCUCAACAACACAAUCAGCAACUCCCACCUUCACUCCCGCAGCAGCAACAGCAACAGCAGCAGCAGCAGCAACUACAGCAACAGCAACAACAACAAGCACAAACACGACCCCCGCCAGCGCCUCACUCGCAAACGAUGCCUGCCAACCAGAUGCCGCAGUUUGCACAAGGACAACAGCAGCAGAACUUUCACCAGCAACAGCGCCCUCAGAUCAAUCCCAUGCAAGCCAAUCAACACCAGCAGAGCCACUCGCCGCAUCCCCAAUCGGCCACAUCGAACGCGCCAGGUCCGCCAGUACCGCUGUCUCACCAAGCCGCUGUGAGCGCCGCGAACCGAUCGUACACCGACCCUCAGCGCACAAAUACACCUAUGCAGCAAGGCGGACAAGGCGGCAACUUUGGCAACCGUGAGCGUGAGCAGCUCAACAACCCCAAGAUGCCUAUUCCGCGCCAUCUGAACGUGGCUCAACCGCUACCUGUGCAUAUGGGCCAGGCUCGACCAACCAUGGGCGGUCCCACCAACGGCGCACCAGGACCAAUGGGUCAGCCCGUCAUCCCGCGUCCUCCACCCUUCCAGCUCGAAGGUGAAGGCGACCGCGUGCUCAGCAAGCGCAAGCUAGACGAGCUCGUUCGCCAAGUCACAGGCGGCUCAGAGGAAGCCCUAACCCCAGAAGCCGAAGAAGCUGUCCUCCAACUCGCAGACGACUUCGUCGACAAUCUCAUUAGCAACGCUUGCAAGUUGUCUAAACUCCGUGACUCGCCUCAACUUGACAUCCGCGAUAUUCAGGUCAUCCUCGAGCGCAACUAUAAUAUUCGUAUUCCCGGUUAUGCGUCGGAUGAAGUGAGGACUGUGCGCAAGAUUGUGCCGGCACAGGGUUGGGCUGCUAAGAUGAACGCAGUCAAUGCUGCCAAGGUCAUGGGUGGGAAGACGGACUUCUAG